AUGGCUCCGUAUACUGUGCUCCUCUUCGGGCCUCAGGCCCUUUCCUUCGACGAGAAGUCCUUUGCAGAAAUCCGUGACGCACUUCGGAAUGACCCUUACAACCAAUGGGCCAUCGACGUGGUCUCCAAACUACCAGAGACCUGGGCAAUGUUCAUACAAAGAUUCCCCCAACUCGAUGUCAUCAAAGGGGGCCAAAGUCUGGAGGAGCUGAACCGAUGGCUGAGCUCUGGGGAAGUGUCGCCCAUUACGCGCACAUUGCCCAAUGUUCUGCUUAGUCCCUUGGUAGUGAUUUCUCAGCUCACGCAAUUCACACAGUAUUUGCGGAUUGUUCACCCUGAUGCUGGCAGCAGCGAGGACAUGUACUCCAGCAUUGGGCAGGAAACCGAAACAGUCGGCUUCUGUACAGGUCUCCUGAGUGCCCUUGCAGUCGCCACGGCCACCAGUAAAGGACAAUUUGAACAGAACGCGGCGACGGCAGUCCGAUUGGCGACGCUGAUCGGGGCAUUUGUUGAUGCUCAGGAGGCCAGCAACGCCCACAAGGCUUCCAUCUCCUUGGCCACGGCAUGGAACUCGCUCGGUGCGAAACAAGAGAUGACGCGCAUCUUGAAUGGGUUCCCUGAGGCAUAUGUAUCUGUUCUAUACGACAAAAACAGGGCGACGGUCACCACGGCCGCCAGCAGCAGCAAGUCCCUGCAGGACAAGCUUAGAGCAGCAGGGGUCAUUGCCACCGAAAUGAAUCUGGUCGGUCGAUUCCAUAGCGAUUGUUAUAACGAUGAUAUCCAGCAGAUCCUGGAAUUUUGCGACGCAAACUCGACCCUUCAAUUCCCCGACUCAUCAAGGCUUGUGACUGCCGUCCGAUCCAAUGAUGGAGGCUUGAUAACAGGGGGCAAACUACAUCAUUCCGCAUUGCAGAGUAUCCUUGUUGAACAAUCCUACUGGUACGAAACCUUUGAGGCCGUACAUGCCUCCAGGCUUGGGGACAAGCAAACAACCGUUCUCGGUUUCGGCCCCGAGCGAUGUGUGCCUCCUUCGCUAUUGCGGUCCGUGAACGAUCAAGUCGUGUACAUGACGAAUCCUCAAAGCGCAAAGGCUCGGCUCCUUCAAGGGACUUCAAAGCCACAGUCGCCACCGAAAUACCCACAAGGAUACUCCGACAACGAUAUUGCAGUUGUGGGCUACUCCCUCAAGGUGGCCAAUGCUGACGACCCCGAGGAAUUCUGGCAACUCCUGCGCGAGGGCAAAUCGCAGCACAUUGAAGUGCCACCGGAGAAGAUUUCCUUCGAUACCCACUGGCGUAAGACUGACUCCAAGCGCAAGUGGUUCGGGAACUUCAUCAGAGACCCUGACGCCUUCGAUCACCGGUUCUUCAAGAAGAGCCCUCGUGAAGUAGCAUCGCAGGAUCCGCAGCAGCGUCUCAUGAUGCAGGUUGCCUACCAGGCUGUCCAGCAAUCUGGCUACUUCCACUCUCCAGAGCAACAGGUUGGUUGUUUCCUCGGUGUAUGCGCGACUGAUUACGAAAACAACGUUGCCUGUCACGAUCCAAACGCAUUCUCGGCGACUGGUAACCUCCGCAGUUUCAUUGCCGGCAAAAUAAGUCACUAUUUCGGGUGGACUGGUCCCAGCAUGACCAUCGACUCUGCCUGCUCUGCCUCUGCAGUUUGCAUCCACAUGGCGUGUCGAGCGAUCCUAGGUGGAGAGUGUACUUCAGCGCUUGCUGGUGGUGUCAACGUUAUGACCAACCCGCUCUGGUUCCAGAACCUCGCUGGCGCGUCGUUUCUGAGUCCGACUGGAGCUUGUAAGCCCUUCGAUGCAAAGGCCGACGGCUAUUGUCGUGGUGAGGGUAUUGCUGCUGUCUUUCUCAAGAAGAUGUCUCAAGCAGUUCUCGAUGGUGACAUUAUUUUGGGAUGCAUUCCAGCCACCGCGGUAUAUCAGAAUGAGAACUGCACCCCUAUCUUCGUGCCUAAUUCUCCCUCUCUGUCAACCCUCUUUGGUGACGUGACACGCAAUGGGGGACUCGACCCCCGCCAGGUUACUGUUGUUGAGGCCCAUGGCACUGGAACCCCGGUGGGCGAUCCAGCCGAGUACGAGAGUAUCCUUAAAGUAUUUGGUGGCUCCAUUCGUCAGACCCCUAUGACCAUCGGCUCGGUGAAAGGUCUGGUCGGCCAUACUGAAGGCGCAUCUGGGGUUAUUGCCUUGAUCAAGAUUCUUCUCAUGAUCCAGGAGGGGAAACUGCCACCUCAAGCAAGCUUCCAGAGCCUGAACCCGCAUAUAAAAGCCUCCCCGUCCGAUAUGAUGGAGGUUGUGACUUCUCUCAAGGACUGGAGCUCCGACUAUCGCGCAGCCCUUAUCAACAACUAUGGUGCGUCGGGCUCCAACGCCUCGAUGGUUGUUACCCAGCCAAUGCAGCAUGAGGGAGCUGGUGUCUCAGCAAUCCAUUCUGACGGUUUGAAGCACCCCUUCUGGCUGACUGGUUUGGACGAGAGAAGUAUCCGCGAAUACGCCACGAGACUCACGAACCUAAUCCGCACGAGGUCAAUCUCAGCCAAACACAUCACGCUCGCAAACGUCUCCUUCAAUCAGUACAAGCAGUCGAAUCGUAACCUUAACGGGGGACUUCUAUUCAGCGCGGCCUCGCUGGCAGAUCUGGAGGCGAAGCUUACAGGGUUCAUCAACAAAAGCGACACAGCUGUUAGCGUCACGUCCAAGAAGCCAGAACGGCCUGUUAUUCUUUGCUUCGGAGGUCAGAUUUCCACAUAUAUAGGCCUUGAUCGCAAGGUAUACGAUGGCGUUCGCGUCCUCCGCGGUCAUCUGGACUACUGUAAUUCAGUUCUGCAGGAUCUGGGGGUCGGUGGCCUCUACCCUUAUAUCUUCGAGAAGAAACCUAUUCAGGACACAGUGAGGCUGCAGACGAUGCUUUUUUCAAUGCAGUAUUCCGUCGCCAAAACAUGGGCCGACUGUGGGGUACAUGUCGCCGCUGUUGUCGGGCACAGUUUUGGUGAGUUGACGGCUCUCAGCAUCUCUGGCGCUCUAGGGGUCAAGGAUGCCCUGAGGGUUAUCGCUGCGCGGGCUCAGCUGGUCCGAGACAGCUGGGGCUCCGAUCCUGGCUCUAUGAUGGCCGUCGAAGGGGACCUCGAUGUUGUAGAAAGAAUGCUGAAGGAAGCAAAUCAAGAAAGCCCCGAGGAUCAUACAGCCAAUAUCGCCUGCUACAACGGACCACGCAGCUUCACGGUUGCAGGAACGACGAAAGCCAUAGACGCUGUUGUCGAGACUGUCAAAAGCAGGCCUGAGUUCUCUGCCAUGCGGACGAAGAGGCUCAAUGUCACCAAUGCGUUCCAUUCUUCGCUCGUUGAGCCCCUCCUGGACGACCUGAAGAAGAUCGGACAAACGGUAACCCUCAACCAAUCUUCAAUUCAUCUGGAGAGAGCAACUGAGGUCGAGUCUGGCUCUCCAUCUCCAUCGCCAGGCUUCUUUGCCGAUCAUAUGAGAAAUCCCGUCUACUUCGAUCACGCUGUUCAACGCCUCGCUAAGCGGUAUCCAUCUGCUAUCUUCCUAGAAGCUGGUUCUAACUCGACAAUCACCCUUAUGGCGAGCCGAGCCCUUGGGGCGCCUAGCGAGUCUCACUUCCAGUCUGUCAGCAUCACGGAGGGUAAAGGCCUGGACAGUCUUGUUGACAUGAGCGUCUCGCUUUGGAAAGAAGGGUUGACGCAUACGUUCUGGCCACAUCACGCAUCCCAGACUUACGAGUAUGGGCCCAUUUUGAUACCACCUUAUCAGUUCGAGAAGACCAGACAUUGGCUCGAAUCCAAGAAUCCUCAGAAGCUCGUAGCCGCCUCGCCGCCUCUUACAGUACAACAAACACCAGAGGAGCUCCCAACAGAACUGUACACCUUCGUUGGCUACCAGGACUCAAAGCAGCGCACCGCAAGGUUCCGCGUCAAUACCAUGAUCCAAAAGUAUCAGGACUACAUUUCGGGUCACUUGAUUGCUCAGACUGCCGCCAUCUGUCCGGCAACGCUAGAGAUGGCCAUCGUCAUCGAAGCACUUUACAGUCUUCGCCCGGAUCUUUCCGACGGCAAAUGCCUGCCUAGGAUACAAGAUGUGGAAAAUCAAUCUCCAAUCUGUGUGGAUCCUUCCCGCUCCGUCUGGGUAGAUCUUGAGGCCAAGGAUGGUGGACAUGCUUGGAGCUUUAAAAUGCUGAGUACAGCCAAUGGGCCGGCCAGUACGUUGCACGCCUCAGGUUCUAUCAUAUUGGAGGCUACGAGCGAUCCUCAAUACCACGCCGAAUUUUCUCGGUAUGAGCGACUCGUCGGCCAUCGGCGCUGCCUCGACGUCCUCAAUACCCCGGAUGCGGACGAUAUCAUCCAGGGCCGGAACAUAUACAAGACCUUCGCGGACGUUGUAGACUAUGGCGCCGCAUACAGAGGACUUCAAAAGCUCGUUGGGAAAGGAAGCGAAUCUGCAGGCCGCGUGAAUAUGAAACAUGCCAGUCAACACUGGCUCGACACGCACCUUGCCGAUUCGUUCAGUCAGGUCGGCGGUAUAUGGGUGAACUGCAUGACCGACCGUCUACCAAGCGACAUGUAUAUUGCCGUUGGGUUCGAGCAGUGGAUCCGAUCGCCAAAGGUUAGUAGCGAGUACCACAAGACAGACACCUGGGAUGUCUUCGCCUACCAUCAUCUUGAGUCGGAGAAAGCGUACCUCACGGAUAUUUUCAUCUUCGACGCGACGACUGGCAUCCUGGCCGAGGUGAUCUUAGGCAUCCACUAUGCCAGAGUGGCCAAGCAGGCAAUGAGCAAGAUGCUUGCAAGACUCACUCCGGGCAUCUCACAGUCUUCGCCAGUUGCUGCGGCCCCUUCAAAAGUAGUGCCAGCUGCCACUACACCGCAGCCCAAGGAGGCGAGCAAGCCCAAAGCUCCGAACCCUGUUAAAAAGUCGCCUGCACCAGUCAAGCCAAAUGUCGCAGGCCCCAUUCGAGCCGUGCUAGCAGAACUAUCCGGACUCGAGCUCCACGAGAUCACAGAUGGUACUCAACUUGCGGACAUUGGCAUAGACUCGCUCAUGGGGAUGGAAAUGGCCAAGGAGCUGGAGCAGGCAUUCAAAUGUUCGCUCCCAGAAGACCAGCUGGUGGAGGUUACAACUGUGGAAAGUCUUAUCAAAGUUGUUGAGUCGGCCGUUGGAUUCGAGCCUGGCCUCGCUGACCAAGAUGAGGAUGAUGAUGAUGAUGAGCAGGAUACAACUAGUCAGUCAAACGGAGAGGCUUCUUCUGUCACCAGCGUCUCAGACGACGAAGGCCCCAGUGUUAAUCUCCCGGAAUUCUUGUCAGAUUUCCUGGGUAUUGGUGAGGACGAAAUCAAGGCCGACAUUCUCCUCCGGGAUCUUGGUGUCGACUCACUUUUGUCCAGUGAGCUGCUGGCUGACCUGGCCACCAAAUUUGGAUUUCAUCCUGCUGAGGAUACAAUGCUGGAAGAGUUCACGGUGCAGGCGCUUAGCGAGGAAAUUAACGGAAAGCCAGCGAGCAGCAAACAUCCUACCGCUGGCGAAAUCAAAUCUCCAGCUCAUGAUAUUGCUGCCCCUGGAGUCACUGCCAUCGCUGCCGCCAGCUCGAAGGAUGGCGAGCUCAAUCUACCCUCUCAGACGGUUCUGGAGGCCUUCAACGAGGUAAAGAAACUUACUGACCAAUACAUCGCGGACUACGGGUGCGCCAACUACAUGGAUACGAUCAAUCCCAAGCAGGUUCAGAUGUGCGUUGCCCUAAUCGUGGAAGCCUUUGAGGAGCUGGGAUGCCCGAUACGUACCGCUCAAGCUGGUCAACGGCUCGACCGUAUCAAGCAUCUCCCCCAGCAUGGGCGUCUGGCCGAGUAUCUGUACAUGGUGUUGGAGCGAGACGCCCGACUGAUUGACUUUGAGGGCGACACUGUUGUGCGAACAGCCAUCACGCCACCCAGCAAGUCAAGCGAGGAGCUGCUUCAGGGAUUGAUGCAGAAGUACCCGGACCAUGGUUAUGCCAACAAAUUGACUUACUUCACCGGGAAGCGGCUCGCGGAUGUCCUGACAGGAAAGUCUGAUGGAAUCAAAUUAAUAUUCGGAACCGAAGAGGGACGCGAGCUGGUGUCGGGUCUCUACGGCGACUCGAUGUUGAACAAGCUCUCCUACAAAAUGAUGGAAGACUUCCUGCGCAAACUCAUUGGGAAGCUUCCUACGCACCAAGGCCCGCUCAAGAUCCUCGAAAUGGGUGCUGGAACUGGAGGCACAACCAAGCUCCUGGUCCCUGUGUUGGCUGCUCUCAACGUACCUGUGGAGUAUACUUACACUGAUCUCUCGCCUUCGUUCACGGCAGCCGCGCGGAAGAAGUUCAAGCAGUACCCAUUCAUGAAAUUCCGGGUCCACGAUAUUGAGAAGGCGCCCGCCGACGAUCUGCUGGGUACGCAGCAUAUUAUCAUUGCCAGCAAUGCUGUGCAUGCCACGCACAGUCUGGUCGAGUCUACGAAGAAUAUCCGCAAGGCCCUGCGGCCCGAUGGGUUCCUGAUGAUGCUGGAAAUGACUGAGACCCUGGUCUGGAUCGAUGUCAUUUUUGGUCUGCUCGAGGGGUGGUGGUUGUUCGACGAUGGCCGCCGUCACGCCAUUUCGCACCAGUCGCGCUGGGAGCAAGCGCUGCAGUCUGUGGGAUACGGCCACGUCGACUGGACUGACGGCAACCGUCCUGAAGUCGAGAUCCAGCGCGUCAUAGUUGCGAUGGCGUCGGGAUCGAGGUAUGAUCGCCUCACCAUCCCACCGCCGCCUGAGUCCGUGGAGAAUGCUGACACUCGCGCCCGUCAAGCGGCCGUUGACGAAUACGUCCGGAUACAUUCGCAGGGAUUCACAGCACCUGCCCAGCCAGCUACUACAAAAGACCACGAUCUCAAAACAACUGUACUGCUGACCGGAGCGACCGGGAGUUUAGGCUCUCAUCUGGUCGAGUAUUUUGCCAACCUUGACAAUGUGAAGAAUGUCGUCUGCAUUAAUCGCCAGGUGUCCAGCCAAGAUGCCGAACGGCGUCAGCAACAGGCCCUGGACAGUCGCGGGAUACGCCUGUCACCUUCGGCAUGGACAAAGCUCCAGGUGUACGAGGCAGACACUUCCAAACCAUCCCUGGGCCUCAACUCCAAGGUAUACGACGAAUUGGUGGGCAGUGUCACCCAUAUCCUCCACAACGCGUGGCCGAUGAGCGGCAAGCGGCCGGUGAGGGGCUUCGAGCAGCAAUUCAAGGUGAUGCGCAACCUGAUCGACUUGGCGAGGGAUGUUUCCGACCGACACAAGGGUGGGUUCAAGGUCAGCUUCCAGUUUAUUUCGUCCAUCGCGACGGUCGGGCAUUAUCCGCUGCGCACCGGCAAGGUCGACGUGCCGGAAGAGCGCAUGACGAUCGAGUCCAUCCUGCCGAAUGGAUAUGGAGAUGCAAAGUUCGUCUGCGAGAGACUGCUGGACGAGACGCUGCACCGCUUCCCGGGGAAUUUCCACGCAAUGGCGGUGCGUCUGGGGCAGGUGGCCGGCUCGCGGACCAGUGGAUACUGGAACCCACAGGAGCACCUCUCGUUCCUGGUCAAGUCAUCGCAGACGCUGCGGGCGCUGCCUGAUUUUGAGGGGCUGCUGUCGUGGACGCCGGUCAACGACGUGGCGGCGAGUCUUGGGGAGCUGCUGCUGGACAACAACAACAACAACAACGCGAUCUUCCACAUCGACAAUCCCGUGCGGCAGCAGUGGCGCGACAUGAUUGGUGUGUUGGCGCGCAGCCUGGACAUCCCACGUGACCGCAUUAUCCCGUUCGGGCAGUGGGUUCAGCGGGUCCGCAGUUUCGCCGGCGCCGAGAGCGAGAAUCCCGCAGCCAAACUGAUUGACUUCCUUGAUGGGAACUUCCUGCGCAUGUCGUGCGGCGGCCUGCUGCUCGAGACUGUACAGGCCCGGCAGCAUUCUCCCACUCUGGCGCAGGUUGGCCCUGUGAGUGAUGAGAUUGCGCGUGGAUAUGUGAAGGCGUGGAAGGAUAUGGGGUUUCUGCAUUGA